UGUGAACAGAAGCGGGCGUGCCGCUGGAGCGCGCGGGUCACGUGUUUGAGUGACCGGGUGAGUGUCCCUGUGAGUGCCCCGGACUGUGGGAGUGCGAGAGAUGGCAGUGCAGCAGCAGACGUACGGCGGGUUUCAGCCCGGAGGGAUGACGCACCAGCAGAUGGGCUUUCCAUAUAUGACGGUGCCUCCGAGCUGGACGCCGGUGGGCCCAGUGACUGUUUCGCCGCCGCUGCGCUCGGUGCCCGGAUACGUCUGGCUCUGUCAGCAGCAGCAGCAGGUGGGGCAGGCCAUGCCCGGCACCCCGGCCGGCGCCGGCCCGCCGCGGCCGAUGGGGACGCAGCCCGGCGGCGCUCCCGCCGCGCCCAUGCCGCGCCUGCUGUACCAGGGCGUGGCGGCUCGGCCGGCGGCCAGCCAGCCGGCGCCGUACCCGCCACAGCCGAUGAGUAACGCCGAGCGGCAGCUGAUGGCCGUCAGGGAGAUGCAGCGCCAGCAGCAGCGCCAACAGGGACAGCAGGAGCAGCUGUCGCACGCCAAGCGCCUGACGCAGUGGUACCAGCAGCAGCUGCUGCAGCCGCAGGGGCGUACUGGACAGCCACCGGUAUCGCAGCCGCAUCAACAGGCUCCCGCUCAGACUCCAAUGUCCCAGCCGCCGCAGCAGUCCCCUGCACAAGUUCCGAUGUCCCAGCCGCAGCAGCCAAUUCCGGUGCAAGUCCCAAUGUCCCAGCCGCAGCCGCAGUCCUCUGCACAAGUCCCAAUGUCGCAGCCGCAGCGACCGGCUCCUGUUCAGAAUUCAUUGCCUCAGCAGCAGCAACACCAGCAACGGGCGCCACAGCAGCAGAACAUGCAGCCGUCAAUGUCGCAGGCUCAGCGCCACUCGCCAGUUCACUCGGCACCGUCACCGUCACAGCAGUACCACCAGCAGCAGCAGCAGCAGCAGCAGCCGAUGCCUCAACACCAGCAACAGCAGCAGCGGCAGCCGAUGCCUCAGCAGCAGCAGCAGCAGCGGCCUCAGCAGCAGCCGUCACCCAAGCGGCAGAACCGCCAGCCGGCACGCAAGAAGCCGACCGCCAAGAACACCAGCUCGCCCUCCAGUGGCGCCAAGCGGGCGGCCGACUCCCCGGCGCGACAGGCCAGCAAGCGGAGCGCUCUGGCCCUUGACGAGGACGGACCGUGCGGUCCCGUGUGCGCCACAUGUCUGCGCGACUUCCCCGACCAGCCGGCGCUGCGGCUGCACGAGCGCACGUGUCAGUCUGCGCCGGCGCAGCGGGGGUGCGCCCAGUGCGCGGCGCACUUCCGCGACUCGGCGGAGCUGGCGGCGCAUGCGGCCGUCUGCCGGCGGCGGCCGCUCCAGGAGGCCGGCCGGCCGCAGCCCGGCGCACCGCCAGCCAGGCUCUCGCCUCACCCUUCGUCAGCCUCGAUGUCGACCUUUGCGUAUAACGGCCUCGGCGACCUGCCGCCGGGCGCCUCCCUGCUGCGCGUUAACUACCAGACCGACUCCGGGCCGCGGCCGAACCCCGGCCACUGGCCGGCCGCUCGAACUGGCACCCCCGCCGCGGCCACCGCUCAGAAAACUCCGACCGCCUCACCCGCCAGAAGAAAAACUCCCAACGCAUCGCCGGCCAGAAAGAAAAUCGCAUCGCCGCAUUCGAAGAAAACCUACAGAGCAUCGCCAGCCCAAAAGAAAAUCUCAAACGCGUCGCCGGUAGGCAAGAAAAUUCCCAACGCGUUACCGGUCAGAAACGAAAGCCCGCUCGUGUCUUCGGUUUUGAAGACGGCCCGUGGCUUCCCUCCUGUCCGCCUGCAGGCGACUGGUGUCACGGCGGUCAGACGCGCCCACUCGUCCGGCCUCGGCCAGCUGACAGUGAGCGAGGUCACCUCCCUACGGAUGGGCGAGUUCGAGUCGGCCUCUGGUGGUGUAAUACACAGUGAGAGUAGCGCGGACUGGGGCGGUGACCGGGGCCCGGGGGACGACGAUCCGCCGCCGGACCAGCCGCGCCCGCCGCCCGGGAGCGGGCCCCAGAGGGGCGGUACCGCCACCGCCCCCACCGCCGCCGGCGCCGCCGGCGCUCCGACCUCGGACGACGGCCGGCCGAGGCGUAGCGCCACCGAACACUACUACGGCGUGGUGGACCAUUAUUACCAGGAGGAGGUGGCCAACGCGCUCCCCGAAGAUGGCGGCGGGCGCCGUAGGUCCAACUCCUCCAACUCCGGCGCGGCCCGCUCCUCAGCCCCCGGCGGCGACAGCGGCAGCGGCGGCGACGGGCCGGGCGGCGGCGGCGGCGGCGACGGCUGGCCGCCCGUGCCCGCUCACGUGCUCUCCGUGCUCCAGAGACCGGCCGUGGUUCUCCUCGAGUCGCUGGACGAGACUAUCGGUGACCCGCGCGACCCGCAGGUGGCCACUGCGGCCUACAUCGUUCACGGAGACGAUGUGGUGGGGCGCCGCCUGCGUUCGCCCGCUGCGCAGGUCGCUCAGGAGCAGGAGGCGGCGCGGGAGAGCUCCGGCAGUCCCGAGCAGCCCAUCAUCAUCUCUGAGGAGGAGGAGGAUGAAGAAGAGGAAGAGGAGGUGGUGAGAGCCAGCUCGCGCGGGAGCCGCCAGCGUCUAGCGUCCUCGACAGAGGAGGAUGAGUACAGAAGCAAGGCGUCGACGGGCAGACGUCCACCCCGUCGCCGCCGCCGCAACAGCAGCGACUCGCCUUCGGACAACUCUGACCCCGAUGACGAGACCUUCACCGUCCGACCGUCCAGGGUCAAGCGGCGCCGCGUGUCCUCGGGCGCUGGCGUUGACAGCGGGUCGGCCGCGCGCCGGCGCCGGCCGAGCGGCCGCCAGCGCGGAGCCGAAGACACGCGCCUGGCCGCCCUGCAGCUGGAGCUGAACCCGCCGCGCCGGAGCCGCGCGCGCGUCUCCUACGCCGAGACGGCCGUCUCAGAGGGCGAGGAGGCUGACCAGGACACGCCCGGUUCGCCUGGGUUCCAGCCGGAGCAGCUCGGCGGCUCGGAGUCGGAGCCCGGGGCGGGCGACGGUACGGACGGAGACGCUGAUGAUCCGGGGAGAGCUGAUGAUGGUGCUGAUGGCGGAGCAGGUGCCGGCGAUGCUGCUUAUGAUGUUGACGACCCGGGAGAAGCGGCUGACGGUGGCGGCGGCGCUGCCGAGGACGACUCCGCUGGCGCUGACGGAGAGCAGGGCCAGGAGGCUGGCCCGGCAGACGGCGCCGCGCCCGGGCCCGCACCGCGCCCGGAUACCGCCCCGCCGGCCCCGAGCACGUCCUCCCAGCCCGUGAGCAGGCCGCGCUCCAGAGCGCCGCGGAGCGGAGUGUCUGGCAACGCGCGGCAGCUGGAGCUGGUCGAGGGCCUGGACGUGUCCGCCAUCGUGGGCACACAGACCGUGGACCCCAGCGUCGGCCGGCCGUUCUACGACGCCGACCUGGUGGGGGUUCCCGUUGGCCCGGAGCCCUCUGAGGCCGAGUGGGAGGCGGUCAUGUCGCACUGGGCCGGCCUGGCCAGCACCCACCGCAUGGCGCUGCUGCGUGUGCAGGUGCGCGCCCACCAGGUGCGCUACCUGCGGCACCGGCUGCGCGCGGCUCUCCGCCACCGCCGGCUGCUGCCGCCGCUGCCGACCCCGGACUGCGCCGGCGCCGUGGCAGACUCGGACCGAGGAGCGGCAGAGACGGCCGAGGGGGCGGCCGAGAGAGCGGGGGAGGCCGGGCAGAGCGGCGAGGUGAGAGGGGAGGACAGUGGGCCGUCCAAGGCUGUCUCUGCGGCGGGCGAGGAGCAGCCGGCGGCGGACGGGCCGACGGAGAAGUCCCCGUCCCCGUCCCCGCCGCCGCCUCCGCCGCCGGCUGAGGACAGUGUGGAGUCGGAUCAGCCAGCUGUGAGUACCGGUGUGGUCGCGGCAGGGGCGGCAGACGCGGGCGGUGCAGAGGCGUCGCCGGGCGGCGUUACUUCCAGUUCGUGACAAUUAGACGGCAGUAGGGGUGUGCUGCUGAGUGGACUCGAGAGGUCUCAGGACACAGGUCAGUGGAGUGCGCGUAGUGCAGGGAGGUGUUUACCGGCUAAAGGCGCAUGUGUGAAAGCCAAGGUCUGAGCUGUGGCCAUGCGAUGUGAGAUAUAAUCGAGUUCAAGUGUAUUCAAGAGAGCGUUGGUGUUGUUGCUGCGCCGAAUGGGUGGCUGUUGUGUUUGCAGAAGCGUUUGUGUUGAAUCAAACUGGCGGUGAUUUUUGACGCCAUCUCAUUGAGCGUGAAGGAGCAGCGGCGUUUUGCAUCCCAGCUCCCGCUCCUAUAGUGCAAACUGUGGACCACUGCCAUUGCAUUCGUGUGUCAUCGCCCAAAUGCUGACCAUUUACCGCCAAUGCCUCUCAGUAUUUGCAAUAAACUGAAGAGCUGCUGUGCAGAUAAA